AUGCCUUCCAGUAGCCCUCUGCCCAAGGGAUUUGACUCGAUCGAAUCUACGAUUGAAGCCUUCCGCAACGGCGAGUUCAUCGUGGUGCUGGACUCUCAGGACCGCGAAAACGAGGGUGAUUUGAUUAUCGCCGCUCAAGAUGUCACGACUGAGAAGAUGGCCUUUAUGGUCCGCUACACGAGCGGGCUUAUAUGUGCCCCGAUCACGGCGAAGUUGGCGGCCGAGUUGAAGUUGCCUCUGAUGGUGGCGGACAGCGAGGACCCGCAUCGCACGGCGUACACGAUUUCCAUUGACUCGAACGACGCGAGCGUCACGACGGGAAUCUCAGCGCACGACCGUGCCUUGACAUGCAGGACUUUGGCGAGUUCCAAGGUCUCACCCGCCAGCUUCCGACGCCCGGGACACCUUUUCCCAUUGAUAGCGAAGGACGGCGGCGUUCUUGAACGGACUGGCCACACGGAGGCUGCUGUCGAGUUUUGUCGGCUGGCUGGAAAAGCUCGGGCUGGCGUCAUCUCUGAGAUGGUCGACGAUGGCGAACCGGUGCAGGGUCAGACCCUGAUGCGAGAGCCGGGCAUGAUGAGGCGGGAUGCUUGUUUGGCGUUUGGGAGGAAAUGGGGUCUCAAGGUCUGUACUAUUGAGGAUUUGGUUGAUUAUGUUCAGCAUGAGAAGGGAGUUGCUUCGAAUGGAGUUGUCAAUGGACAUUCUUGA